CCCCUUAAACAAGUUUGAAAGUGAAGGAGGAAAAAUUUAGCUAUUUGAAAAAAAAAACUGACGUAGGGGCGCUAAAUCUGAAAAAAAAAACUGUGAAUAUUAUGGGAAAAUAUAUGUAUGCCAAAAUCGCCUAAUCAGACGCUUAUGGUAAACUCACACAAGAAUGGCCCCUCGACUGCAGCUUGAGAGAGCCGCCUGGCGCUGGGUCGAGACGGUGAGACCGGAGGAUGUCAAAGACGAGCACGUAGAGACCGCAUACCGCAUCAGAGUCCCGGCGUGCAAGAGGGGAGCAUGCAGGAGGAACUGUAAAGGAAACCCCAACUGUCUCGUUGGCAUCGGAGAGCACGUCUGGUUAGGGGAAAUUGAUGAAAAUGCCUUCCACAACAUUGAUGACCCAAAUUCAGAAAGGCGAGACAAGAACACGUUUGUCGGUCUUACGAACCUGGGGGCCACAUGUUACGUGAACACAUUCCUGCAGGUGUGGUUCCACAACCUGGAGCUGCGACAGACGCUGUACCUCUGUCAGAACUCCCGCGCCGAGGAGCACAACAUGGACUCAGAUUAUGAACCCCAGACCAUAUGUGAACACCUGCAGUACCUGUUCGCAUUGCUGCAGAACAGCAACAGACGAUACAUCGACCCCUCCGGUCUAGUGAAGGCACUUGGGCUGGAUACAGGACAGCAGCAGGAUGCUCAGGAGUUCUCCAAACUCUUCCUGUCCCUGUUGGAAGACACUCUCUCCAAACAGAAGAACCCUAAUCUACACAACGUCAUACAGCAGCAGUUCUGUGGGCAGUUUGCAUACGUCACUGCGUGUAACCAGUGCGGCCGCGCAUCGUCACUGCCGUCCCGCUUCUACGAGCUGGAGCUCAACAUCCAGGGACACAAGCAGCUGAUGGACUGCGUCACCGAGUUCCUCAAGGAGGAGAAGCUGGAGGGGGAUAACCGGUACUUCUGCGAGAGCUGCCAGAGCAAGCAGAACGCCACCCGCCGGAUCAAGCUGAAGAGCCUGCCCCGCACCCUCAACCUGCAGCUCAUGCGUUUUGUCUUUGACAGACAAACGGGCCACAAGAAGAAGCUGAACACGUUCAUCAGCUUCCCGGAGGUCCUGGACAUGGGCCCCUUUUUGGAGCGGAACGAGGAGAAGUGUGUUUACGAGCUGAACGCGGUGCUGAUCCACCGCGGCAUCAGCGCCUACUCCGGCCACUACAUCGCCCACGUGCGCGACGCCCGCACCAGCGACUGGUACAAGUUCAACGACGAGGAGAUCGAGAAGAUGGAGGGCAAGAAGCUGCAGCUAGGAAUAGAGGAGGACAUUGCUGAGACAGUCAAGUCCCAGACGCGCAAGCCCAAGUGCAGCAAAGGGUACCACUGCUCACGGAACGCUUACAUGCUGGUGUACAAGAGACAGGCUGAAGAGGGGGGGGAUCAGGAGGCGGUGAACAUUGAGGUACCAGCCUUCCUACAGAGGCUGGUGGAGAGGGACAACAGGAAGUUUGAGGAGUGGUGCAUGGAAAUGGCAGACAUGCGGAAACAGAGCGUAGACAAGGGCAAAGCCAAGCACGAAGAGGUGAAGGAGCUCUACGAAUUGUUACCCGCAGCAGACGACCAGCCCUUCGAGUUUGUCCCGCUGGAGUGGCUGAAGAAGUGGCUGGAUGACUCCACCGUCACUAAGUCCAUCGACAACUCCAAGUUCCUGUGCUCCCACGGGAAGCUGCACCCAGACAGAAUCGGGGACGUGAAGCGCAUCUCCCUGAAGGCCGCCGAGCACUUCUUCAACCGCUACGGAGGGAGCCCCCGAUUAGAUCGGUCCUCUCUGUGCCUGGAGUGCGUGGUACAGCGAUGCCGGGUACUGCGGCUCAAGAACCAGCUAAACGAAGACUACAAAGAAGUGUCCAACCUUGUGAAAACCCCACUCAAAAGUAACGAGGGCUUCUGGAUUGGGAAAGCCUCCUUGCGGAGCUGGAGACAGCUGGCCCUGGAACAGCUCGAGGAAGACGAGGAGGAGACCAAGCACACCAACGGGAAGGCCAAUGGGGAAGGACCGGACAUUUCCGCAGGGAAAGCAGAUACAGGCGUUUGUGAGGGAAAAGAGGAGGGAGAUGAAGAAGACAUGAAGACUUUCAACGAGGAUAUUCUCUGUCCUCACGGAGGCCUGAGCAUAUCAGAGAGCGAGAGGAAGCUGAUUUCCACUGAGGUGUGGAGCAGGCUGCGGGUGUACUUCCCCAAGGCCCCCGAGUUCACCCACCACCAGGACCCCUGCCAGCAGUGCAUGAGGCUGGACCAGGAGGGUAAAGAGAACGAGGCGCUGAAUAGGAUGAUGGCCAGCGAACAGAAGACGUCCCUCCUCAACCUCUUCCAGGAGAAGAACCGGCCGACUCUACAGAAGUGGCCGCAGGACACGGACAUCCUGUAUAUAGUCUCCCUGUUUUUUGUUGAAGAGUGGAAGAAGUUUAUCAGGCGGCCAGCGAAGAGCAACCCGGUGUCCAGCGUGGCGAACAGCGUCCUUCUGUGUCCACACGGCGGCUUCAUGUUCACGUACGACUCCAUGGUCAAGGGGGAUGCGCAACAUAUAGCUCUGCUCUGGCCAAGCGAAUGGGAGGUGAUCAGCAGACUGUUCCUGGUGGAUCAACCCAUCUCCAUAUGCAGAAUUAGUGAAAAAACGCAGAACGACACUGUGAACGUAGAGUACCGAACUCAGCCAGAGCUGUGCCUCGACUGCAGAGAGGGCCUGAUCUUCCAGCAGCAGAGAGACAUGCGAGAAUACGCACAGGCCACCGUCUACAUCCGCAAGGUGGUCGAAAACAAGAAGAUAAUAAAGGACUCUGCCCCGGAGCUCACCAUGAGCGGCUCAGAGGCAGAGGAUGAGAGGGAGGAGCACAAAGGAGAGGGGGAGAACGACCCUGACUUCAGCCAGUCAGAGGAUGGUGCCAAGCGUCAGAAGCUGAACGACUCCAGCAGCUGUCCCGGCGUCGCCUCGGGAGCCUUGGCCGGGCCGCACAAGGCGGGCAUCCGGAGGAGCACGCGGCACCGCAAGCUGCGAGGGGAGAAGGCGCUCAUCGUCUCCGCCAAUCAGACGCUCAAAGAGCUCAAGAUCCAGAUCAUGCACGCCUUCUCCGUCGCUCCUUUUGACCAGAACCUGUCCAUAGAUGGACGGUGUUUGACGGACGACUCAGCCACCUUGGGCAGCCUUGGGGUCAUCCCGGAGAGCGUCAUCUGUUUAAAGGCUGACGAACCCAUAGCAGAUUAUGCAGCGAUGGACGAUGUAUACCAGGUCUGUAUGCCUGAAGAGGGAUUUAAAGGCACUGGGCUUCUUGGACACUGAAGAAAACAUUUCACCUUGAUGGAAGAUGGCAAUACCAGACCAAAAAAAGCUUGAUGUAGUUGAAGAUGGCAGCUGGC